AGGUGAAAAUUCGCCCUCCCUGACGGCAAAAACUGACAGCGAUCAUGCCUCACACUAGAAUGUGCUGUCUCCCUCUCAUCCUGUUCAUGUUUAUUGGAAUUGCUACCGCAAAGUUUGAUGAUAGUGAAAAUGCUCAAAAGGAGAGUAGUCUCAUUACUAAAAUGCUUUUCGAAGGUGAGUUUAAUCCGGUUGAUAGAUGUUUCAUUUAAUCCUUUAUUUCAUGUUUAGAAAGCAUUGUCAGAAUGAACUACAUGCGAUGUCGGAAAAAGAUAAAAUUUUCAAUUAAUGGGUCCGAAUAAUGUGUGAAGGCGAAGACAUCGUUUGAUAGAUAUCUGCAUGAAUAAAUAAUCAGCCACAGAAAAAUACUAAAAGAGUGAGUUUCAUUCAUCACCAACUCAAUCAGUAUAUUCCUCGAAUAAUUGAUCGAAAAUACUUCAACCGUUUCCUCAAACUAAGUAAUUAAAGAUCAGGAGGUUUUAUUAAAUGUCACUCAAAUUCAAGCCUUGUUGUCAUUCACUUCUCUCACGAUGACGUUAAAAAUCUGUUACACAUGUACAUUUCAAGAAAAAUUAAUUCUCUUCUUCGUUGUCAAACACGCUAAACGAUAACUGGAAAAUUUCCAUCAAAGGUUUUGCAAAGCAAUGAAAAGAGUGAGAGCAUAUUUAUGAUGGUGCUUUUUUAUUUAAAUUCAGGCCAAAGCAAUUGAUCAGUUUGAAUUUUUCAUCUCUCAGACAUGUUACCAGUUUUCGACGAUAUUGAAAAGCGUGCGCGGUGCGCAAACCGUAAAAGUCACAGGUGGUGUAAGAAACAGGAAAUGUUCUUCCGCAGCUGCGAAACCAAGAAAAUGAAGAAGAACUGCCAAGCAAGCUGUAGACAGUGUAAGUAGCCUUUCCUUAAUAUCUUGCUCUCACCUUCUGUCACUCUCAUUUUGGACUCUAGUAAAAAGUCAAGCAACCCACAAGCAACGCUAACAACAACAUAAAGUAACAUAAAACACGCUUCAUCAUCUUCAUCAUCAAACGGCUCAACAAAAGCAAUGAAAGCAAGAAUGACAAUGAUUUGCUCAAGCACCAUUUGGCUUUAGUACAAGUCAAGAGUAAAACACUUUGUUGGAUGAUACUUACUUCGCGCCGAGCUAAAGCUCUUCUGCAAUGAGCGCAGUUGAUAAAUUAAAAAACAAGAGCUGUGAAAUCAAGGAAAGGAGCAUGACAGAGUACUUUUUAAAGGCAACUAGUUCAUUAAUACGGCUUUACUGUUUGUUAUUUUUGCAGGUGGCUGACAGGAAGGCAUGCUGUAUCAUAGGGAAAGGAUUUGGAGGAAGAAUGAAGGAAUAAAAUGAUCCAAACAAAUAAAAUACACGAAAAGAAAUAUAUGUUAAUUCUAAAUUACUAACAACAUUGUUAUCC